AUGACUAGUUUCAAACGUCGCAUCAACACUUCAGUGCUACCAGAUGACAUUCUUUCGUAUAAUGAUACACAAUUCUACAAUGUUGUCAAACGAUUUGUUUGUGAUGAUGCAGCUAAUCUACUUGAAUUUCAAGCAAUUCGUAAUACUGAUUCACUUGUAUUGAUACAUGAUGUAUUUGCCAUUCUAAACAUUCAUUGUGCUACUUUACAACCAUUGAAAGAAAAAAUUUGUUUAAAAUCCGAUGAUGAUAUCUAUUUCGUUAAACCAGGUAUUAAAAGUUUAAUGAAUUAUUUUUGCGAAUUGAUCAUCAAAAAACAAGAUGAAGAAUUAAAAUUAUUGAACAAACGGCAGUUCUCGUCGACUACUUCCGUUUCGAAUAUCGUUACCAUGUCAUCUAUUACGAAUGUAAGUCCAAUGUCUCAACAACAAUUGACUUCAACUAAUCCUAUGUCUGCUGCUGUAUUAUCACAUACUACUUCUCUGAACGAAAAAUAUCAUCGAAACUUCAUCAUAAAUUCUAUUCAUAAAUGGUGCACCAAAUAUUUUUCUAAUUUAUCAUUAACUGAAGGCGAUAAUCAUCAUCUUAUUGUUAUAUUCACAGACACCAAUGAAAUAGCGAAAAUAAAAUGUGGAUGUGGAAGUAGGGUGAGUCUCGUGAAAAUUCGAAAAAACUUUCAGCUGUCCAAUUUCUACAAGCAUCUGAUGUAG